CUGCCUCUAGAACGCUCAUCCUUCUCCCAUCUCUGUGGACACUUCUCCAUCCCGUGGCCUUGCCCUGCGCCACUGAGCCCUCGGGGGCCAAACUGAAAGAUGGGAAGGGCAACGCGCUAGGAGACCCCAGUGCUUUGCGUUUCUCCUUUGUCCUUCACCCUCCUGGGGAGCUAAUGGUCAUAUUUGGACUCUGGUCCCUGUGGCGUUCCCUCCAGCCCCAGUGCAAUCACCGUCCCCACGCCCGCCCCAGCAGGAUCACUCUGCUGCCCUUUCUUUCGCGAGCCUGGGUGGAGCCAAGAAUGCCCAUUGGGCGCCAUGAAAAGCUGCACUAAGCGAGAGGUGGACAGGAAGACUUUCAUGGAACAGGUGCGUGAGAGCAAGGAGAAUGGCUACCUCCUCUCCUCCAGGAAGAUUGGCUCUGGGGCCUUCUCCAAAGUCUACCUGGGCUACGCCACCCAAGAGAAGCUAAGACAGAACUACAAGCUGGCCUCAGACCUUCGGAGCAAGCGGCACUCCAUGGUGGCCAUAAAGAUCAUAUCCACAGCCAAAGCCCCCUUGGAAUAUUCCAGAAAAUUCCUCCCGAGAGAAAUCUACUCCCUUAAUGCAACCUACAAGCACAUCAACGUGAUCCAGCUCUACGAGAUGUACAGGAACAACAGGCGCACCUACCUCGUGCUGGAGCUGGCCUCCCGCGGCGACCUGCUGGAGCACAUCAACGCCACCUCCGACCGCAGGGAGUGCCCCGGGCUGGAGGAGGAGGAGGCGCGAAGGCUCUUCCGGCAGAUCGUCAGUGCUGUGGCACACUGCCACAACGUGGGCAUCGUGCACAGAGACCUGAAAUGUGAGAAUAUCCUGCUGGAUGAGCGAGGCUUCAUUAAGCUGACAGAUUUUGGAUUUGCCAACCGCUACUCCUUGAAGAAUCCCCUGAUGAGCACGUUCUGCGGCUCUGUGGCCUACACGGCCCCCGAAAUCCUCAUGAGCAAGAAGUACAACGGCGAGCUGGCUGACCUGUGGAGCCUCGGCGUGAUCCUGUACGCCAUGGUGACCGGCAAGCUGCCCUUCAAAGAGCGCCAGCCUCACAAGAUGAUCCACAUGAUAAAACAGGGCCUCUCCUUCCGGCAGCCCAUCUCCCCAGAGUGCCAGAACCUGAUCCAGGGCCUGCUGCAGCUGAAGCCUGGGGCCCGGCUGGGCUUGCAGCAGGUGGCCACGCACUGCUGGAUGCUACCCGCCACCUCGGCCAUCUUCCACCAGGCGCUGAACGCCACGGGCCGGCCCCCGGAGCUCGGCCCAGCCCUGGAGAAGCCGUCCGCCCAAGGCGAGAGCGGAGGCUCCGUCUCUUUGCUGCCAGACCUGGAGAGCUCGGCCAAGCCUCCCGAGGGAGCCGCCAAGGGAACCAAAGCCCCGGCAGGCCCUCGCGCCUGCUCUGCCCAGGACGCCUUCCCCAGCCGAGCCGAAAUGGAAGCCAAGGCCCCCGAGCUGAUCUCCGCUGGCUGCCUCCUGCAGCUGCCAUCGCCGUGCCAGGCUGAGCGCCCGCCCCGGUUCUCCCUGUACCGGCCCUGCCUGCUCUCCGGCGUUCGGCCCUUCCACCACCUCCCCAACUUCCGCAAGCCCGGCUCGGCCAGCUCAGCCAGCGCCUACGUGGCCAGCCGGCGCCUGGGCGAGAAGAGCCCCCCUGUGGCUGCAGCACUGGGCAGCGGCUCCCCCAAGCCGGUCAUCUCCCUCCACUCCACGUCCAUGAUCCGGAAGCCCCCGCCGGAGCCCAUCACAAACUAGAGGGGGCCUCGCCCGGGGCCAGGCCGGAGACGCCCCCGCUUGGCCCUACCCCGACAGAAACAAACCCCGUACGGAUGGAUGCAGCCCGCACU